AUUGAAAUAGGAUGAUAAAAUAUCUGUGUUUUAACAACCUGUCAGGCUCUGAUAAUGUGUGAAAAAAUAAUUUGAGCAGGCUUUCUGAAGAGUCACUGUUUACUUCACAGCUACAGCCAUCUCAUCUCUCUGACCAUGAAGACAAAAACACAAUGCAGAGGAAAAUAAAUCAGUCUGCAUAAUUGGGAAGAACUGCAGAAUAUGAUAUACAGUGCAAACACUGAAAAUCUAGAUUUAUUGUCUUGAUGAAAAUGUUCCUCUUUUAUGGUAGAAACUGAAUAUCCUCCAAGUGGACACUGUCAGGAGCCUGAUUUCUUCUAUGCAACUCAAAAAGCGACUCAAAUUGAGCAAUUCUGUCUUUCUCCUGGGACAUCGAAGCCCCGAUCUGUGACCAAAAGUAAAAUGUAAUUGUAAUGGUGGUUAAAGCAAAAUCGCACAAGGUCAUUAGAAUAACAGAGACUUCAAAAUACAUUACCCAAAGUGUCAGCAAGAUGUUCCGCUAUCACUGACAGAGCUCUCUAUCCAAUUUUCCUCUGCUCUGCUUGGCAGAUCCCCAGCAGCGAGGGGCUCAUGGAGAAAAGCUCGGCCUCGGGAUAAGUGGUUAUGAUUUCAAGCAGCGCGACCCAGAUUGCGUUGCAGUCCUAAUGUAUGAGGAUUCGCUCGAGCUGCACAUGGUGCUGUUGGAACUGGAGGAUGUGGAGAAACAGAUCCGCAGCCUACUCGACAAGCAGGCCCAGCUGCUGGAGCGAAGAACUGGAAACAUCUUGUGCCUCUACCUACACAUCCAAGGGACCGUGCACCCAAGAUUUUCCAGCCGAGGUCUCCGUCACGCCGGCACCAACUCACCACGGACCUUGGGUGCACCAGCAGCGAAAGGCGAGAGCCAUACCCCGGGCGAGGACCUCUCCACCUCCGUUAUUCGAGGUCCCAACCAGGAACCGCUUCGCCCCUCUCCGUCAGACCAGACCAAACGCUGUGAUUGUCGGGGACUCCAUUGUGCGAAACGUUUGCGUCGCUUCAACAAAGGGCACACACAUUGUUUUUCUGGUGCUCGUGUCCUUGGUGUCGCUGCGCAGGUAUCCGGGAUCCUGAAGAAGGACGAGCGCAUUGGAGCGGUUGUGCUGCACACGGGGGCAAAUGACAUCAGGCUGCGGCAGACAGAGGUUCUGAAGAGGGACUUCGCCAGCCUGAUCGAGACAGUACGAGGUAGAUCACCCACCGCGAAGAUCAUUGUCUCAGGACCUCUUCCCACAUACAGACGUGGAGCUGAAAAGUUCAGUAGACUUCUUGCUUUAAAUGACUGGUUAGUUUCUUGGUGUAAUGAACAGAAUCUGCUGUUUGUUAAUAACUGGAAUCUGUUCUGGAAGCAUCCUAGGUUGUUUCGUCUUGAUGGCCUGCACCCCAGCAGCCUCGGAGCGGAACUGCUGUCAGACAACAUCUCCAAUACGCUACACACCAAGUGACUGCCUACCGUAAGUACAUCUUCCUACAAUAACAACGUUCAUCAUAAGCAAUGUUCAAUUAAUGGUUCAACACCUGUAGUACAUACUAUAGAGACUGUGUCUGUUCCCCGAGCUAUACAAAUACAUAGAACAUUUCGUAAAGUUUGUUUUAGUAACCUAAUUAACAUAAAAUUAGAUCAUACUGAAUGCAUAUCCAGCACCUUUAAUCUGAAGGUAGGACUAUUAAACAUUAGAUCUCUUGCGUCUAAGGCUCUUAUUGUUAACGAAAUCAUUACUGAUCAGGAAUGUAAUUUAAUGUGUUUAACAGAAAUUUGGAUUAAACCAAAUGAGUACAUAGCAUUAAAGGAAGCCAGUCCUCCUGGAUACAGUUAUGUACAUCAGCCUCGUUCAACUGGUAGAGGAGGAGGUGUUGGUCUCAUCCAUAGUAAAAAUUUAUGCGUCACAAAAAAAGCUACUUAUAAAUUAAAUUCUUUUGAAAUUCUUUAUACCAGUAUA